UGUAUCCUGUCAGGACCCUAAACCCAUGUUUACAGUGCCGGGGUGGUUAGCUUGCAACAUGUAGCAAAAAACAAACUGGAACAGGAAUAUAAAGUUUAAAAAGAAGCGUAAAAAGGCGUUUGUUGCAUCAAACAAACAUUUCUACUAGAAUUUCUUUUUCAAGCUAGCCAGUUUUACGCGCUUAAUUCGUAUUGAAGGCGUUUUAGGCGUAAAAUUGAAACAAGCAUGACUGAUUCAAUGGUCGUUCCUGUUAUUGAUGUACAUAGUGGGAACUUUAAGGAGCUAUGGCCAGCUCUGGUGGUUGCUAUCAAAACGUCAAGCUUUAUUGCACUGGACACUGAGCUCAGUGGUUUGGGAAACAGGAAAUCCCUUCUGGCUGAAUCUAUUGAAGACAGAUAUAAGGCCAUUUGCCAUGCUGCCCGCUCUCGCUCCAUCCUCUCGCUGGGAUUUGCGUGUUUCAAGAAACUAGACCACAAGAAUCCUGACACAUACCUGGUGCAGGUGUAUAAUCUCACCUUGCUGUGUUCUGAGGAGUACAUCAUAGAGCCACAGUCGGUGCAGUUCCUGGUGCAGCACGGCUUUGACUUUAACAAGCAGUACAGCCAUGGAAUCACUUACUGCAAGGGCAACAACAGGGGAGGAUCAGAUGAUCGGGGGAUCCACAUCCGGGCGUUGUUCACUGAACUGCUGCGUGCCAGAAAACCGCUGGUGCUACAUAACGGCCUCAUCGACAUUGCCUUCCUUUACCAGAGUUUUUACGCCCACCUCCCAGAGCGCCUGGUCACCUUCACUGCAGACCUGUCCGACAUGUUUCCUGCUGGCAUUUACGACACCAAAUACAUAACGGAGUUUGAGCUCCGGCUCACCGCCUCCUACCUGGAAUACGCCUACAAAAAAUGUAAGCUGGAUAACAGCCGCGGUCUCAGCUCGGGAACGCCUGGACCUCACCUCCACAUCGACUUCUGUCAGUAUGCAGGUCACAUGUCCACGUAUGUGGAUUACAGAGAGUGUCCGGCGGUGGCGUCCUCCGAGGAACAGACUGAAGUCUGCCAGCGCUUCUCUGCUUUCGGCUGGUGUCCCAAUGGCACAAAGUGUCCGUUAUCCCACGACACCGACCUGAUCGUUCUCCAGGAUGAAAAAUGCAAAGACGACAAGAGAAAGAAGAGGAAGAGACAGAGAGAGAAAAGGAGAGCUGGAGGAGAAAGUGCAGAGGGGUCUUCCAUCUUCGAGGGCGCCCCCUUAAACAAAAUACCAAACAUGGAGGUGGAUGCAGAUGGUGACAAGCCGAACACGACAACCGAGACACGGCGAGAGGAUUUGCCACAUGACGACAGUCAGACCACAUUGGAUGAAGCGCAGAGCGAGAACGCCGAAAAAGACGACAAAGCUGAACUUAACUGUCCGACAACGAGCACAGUGGAUGAAAGCAAAAUGGAAGACGGAAGCAACGAACAGCUCAGAGGCCGCCCUGCAGAGGCCCAAAAGAAGAAAGCUGACGCAGGCACGCAUCGAGCGGGGUUUGACGCCUACAUGACGGCUUACAUUUUUGCCUUCUCCUGCGCUCUCUCCAAGAAGGAAAACUCUGAAGGUGGUGAAAACAAGAAAGAGCAGUCGUGGCUUCCUGCCUGUCUCAAUAAGGUCUAUCUGAGCGGCAAAGCAGCUCCUCUCAAUGUGGUCAAAAGCACAUUCGCAAAAUCGUCCAAAGCCCAUUUGGAGAAGAUGGAGAUGGUGUGGGGAGGGAGCAUGUAGUGCAGACACCUCAUUAAUCGCUUUUCAUUAGAUAAAGAUUUUGGCACUUCUUUUCUAUUUGGAUGUUAAGAGGUACUACCUUCAUGUGUUUGUGUUUUUUUAUUUUUUUUACAAGCAUUUUUGACAGAAUACCUGCAAAGUGAAAGAUGUUUAGAUAUUUGAUUGUUGUUGGUAUCAUUUUAGUAAAUAGAAUUACAGCUAAAUCAUUUCAUUUUUAUUUUAAGAAACAAAUAUUUUAAUUUCAAGAAAUAUUCAUCAGCAAGCAUUUUCAGCCAUUGAUUUACAUGUAAAGGGGAUGAAAGAAGGCAUGCCUAAUUUAUUACAAGUCAUGAGAAAGCCCCGGUUUUGUUAAAUUCUGCAACAUUUUCUAAAAGUGUCGUAAUUAAAAAUAAAUGCAAUGGCUUCCAAUUUUA